AGAGGGGGCGAGAGAGGAGCGUAUCCACGUACACUCCGGUGUCCCUACCACUUUCUUUGCCCACCAAGUGGGCAUCGCGUUCUCGUUACCGUGGUCCACGCUGCACUACUGUUCCACUAUCUCCUCAUUCACUUCGCGAUUCGACAGAGGGAACACGCGCUUACCUGGCCGACACGCGCUCAUCCUUCUUCGGGAAUCGAUCGAUCAUCGAGUCGAUCUCCUCUUUCUCCUUCCCAUCUCUAAUUUUUCUUUUCUUCUUAUCCCUUCGUCGCAAAGAAGAAGAAGUAUUGGAAGGAUCUCUUCAUAAUUUUCUCCUUAUAAUUUCGCGAAAGUGAUGGAACCGGGCCAUUUGAGAGUUUGAUCCUCCCGUUCGAAUCUUUAAAUAUUCUCGCGAAAUUCUCGAGAAAGUGCGAGGAAAAGAAAGAGAGAAAGGGAGAAUACAAAAAUUCUCUCUCCCUGUAUACAUAUAUAUAUAUAUCUCGUUUGAAUUUUCAUCUGUCUCGUCAUUCGAUCGAUCUUCGACCGAUCUUCAUCUUUUCAUCGAAUCGUUCAUUUUCGUAAAAAAUAAUCUCUCUCUCUCUCUCCCUCUGAACAAAAAGGAAAAAAAAAGAAAAAGAAAAGAAAUCAUCGGCCAUAGAAGAGGAAGGAUACGAGGAACGAGGGAUCGAUGACGGGGGUCGAGAGUUGGUGCGCGAUCGUCGAUCAGUGGACGAAGAAGCGGAACGGUGAGAUAAAUAAGGCCGCUCGCGCCUCGCUCUCUAGGCGAAAAGUAGACGAGGAGGAAAUCCCUGCGGAUAUAUCGAACGAGAUCCAGGAUAGAGCGGCGGAUAGAGCGUGUUGAACGUUUGCCGUACAGAGAAAACCCGUCUCCGAUGGUUUUUCUUCCUUCCAUCCGCUCACUUCCACUGUUCCACGUUCUUACAUAAAGGGGGAUUUUACCGACCGACAGUUAAUGAACCCGGCUGUGCGCGCGUAUAUAGGGAACAUCCGUCGCCGAGUUUACAUAGAGCAACGAUUAUCCAGCAAAUAAAUAAUCACGCGACGUAAAUGAGCGAAAACUCAUCGGAGUGGAAGAUCAUCGAGAACGAAAUCCUGAUAAUCGGCCUUAACCGAUCGAGAAAGUUAAUAAUUUCCAUCCCGUGGUAGAAAAUAAGAGGAAACGAUCGAUGAGAGAAAAAAAAUAGAUCGAGAAAGGGGGAAUCGAUUUCAACUCAGCAAGAGGGGGAGAGGAGAGGAGAGGGAGGGGGGGAGAAAAAGAAGAAAAAGAAGAAAGAGAGGAAAACGAUGCCGGUUCUAACCAUGUUCUAGGAAACGAAAAAACAUUUGUGUUGCAUACUCGGGAACAAUGUUCGGCCAAGUGACGUGAAAAAGAUACAAUACACUUUCAAAUAUAUAUACACGUCUUAGCACACAUCGUGGAUUAACUGUAACAAAGAUUUCUAAGUGGCGAUAAACAGAGCACGAAUUAUCCAAUUAUCCUUAAUUGACGUGAAUUUUAACAGUGAAACACACGGGAGGGGGAAGCGAUUUCAGCAACAUGCGUUAUCUCCUCGUGUGAUCUCCAACGUGAUGUUCGUUAUAAUAUUAACUCGUGUAACUCUCUGAUAUUGAAUAUACAUGCGUGUUGGGAAAUCUUGAAAGGAAGGAGGAAAAAAAAGAAGAAGAACGAAGAAACAAGGAAAGAAAGAAGAAGAAGAAGAAAGAAAAAAGAAAGAAGUCACGUUCACAACGUGGUUGAUCACAAUUGUUACGAAAUUAAAAGUGGACGGACCGUUCGUAAAGGAUCAGGUUGUUGUUGAUUGACGGGCAAAUUGUGCGAACACGAUGAAAUUCAUAGGAUCGUUGUUGGGGAUCAGCUCGCCCAAGAGGAUGGGCAAGGAGUACAUGAAGGUGGGGAGGAACGCCCUGUUCGGCGUAAGGACGAGCCAACACGACGGCCUCUACACGGACAAGGUCCCUAGACCUUUGUCCUUCCUCGUUUCUAAGAAUGGGAAACUGAAACACGGUAGAGUGUCAGCAAUUUUCAUAGGAAUUCUGACGCUCGUGAUUGGCAUUAUUUUAAGCAGUAUACCUUGGGUGGAUUACAUUAUAUUAAAGCAACUUCGAUUGUGGAAUGGGUCCCUUUCUUUUCAAUACUGGCAGAAACCAGGGGUAGUUAGAUUGACCAAAGUUUACAUAUUUAACAUGACUAACGUAGAAAACUUCUUGCAAUACAACGAAAAGCCAAAAUUACAAGAAAUUGGCCCGUUCGUGUACAAAGAGGAUAUGGAAAAAGUGAAUAUCGUUUUCCACAACAAUGGUACCGUGAGUUAUCAACACAAGAAAAUAUUAAACUUUGUACCAGAGUUGUCGAAGGAUAAAGAUCUCAAAGUAAUAGUGCCAAACAUUCCGCUAUUGACACUGUCGACGCAAAGCAAGAGUCUACCUCGAUUCAUCACAUUAGGAUUAUCCAUGUUUCUGAGCGGAAUGAGCAUGAAAUCGUUCGUCCCAGUAACCGCUCAAGAACUCGUUUUCGGAUACGACGAUCCAUUAGUCAGCAUCGCCCAUCGAUUCUUUCCAAAAACGAGACGUCCCAUGAGCCAAAUGGGACUUCUUCUCGGGAGGAAUGGCACGUUGGAGGAAGUGUCUACCAUCUUUACGGGACACACGGAUAUGAGGGAGUUUGGAUUAAUAAAUCGUUUGAAUGGAAUGGACCGUCUACCGUAUUGGCCAAACGCGCCUUGCAAUUCUAUUCGCGCUUCAGAGGGAUCCUUUUUUCCACCCCGUGACAAAACUGGCGCCGACAUCGUGCACAUUUGGGACAAAGAUCUUUGUCGAACGUUGCCUUUAAAAUAUCAUGGCUCAACCGAUAAAUCAGGAAUCAAGGCGGAUUUGUAUAUACCCCCUGAAUCUGUGUUUGGACGCCCGAACGAGAGCGCCCCGGAAAACGAAUGUUUUUGCCGGGACGACAUGUCCCUGUGUCCCUCGAACGGUUUGCAAAAUAUCAGUCCUUGCCAGUAUACCGCACCGGUUUAUCUCUCCUUCCCUCACUUCUACAAAGCGGAUCCUAAUUUAUUGGAUGCGGUCGAAGGAUUAAAUCCAAGCCGAGAAGUGCACGAAACUUAUUUUAAAAUUCAACCGAAAAUUGGCGUGCCUUUGGAAGGGAAGAUCCGGGUACAAUUGAACUUAAAGAUCGAACACCAGCCGUUGAUCAAUGUUGUGUCGAAUUUUCCCGACAUCGUAUUUCCUAUCAUGUGGCUGGAGGAAGGUAUCGAAGAGCUGACGCCCUCUAUACGUAGAUGGGUCUAUUUGGCAACAACAUUUAGCGACGUUGCCGCGCCUUGUACCUCGUACGGAUUAAUUCUAGUCGGUAUAGUAAUCAUAUUCGUCGUGUUCAUAAAGGCUUACAACAACGUGGUGCUCACGCACGAAGCGAUCGAGUUAGGAAAACGAACCAUAAGAAGAGGUUCCACGUUGUUAAUGAAUGGACAGCACAAAUUAUUAAUGACUCGAGAACAGUAUGUUUUGCUCACGGAUAAGGAGGAUAAUGACGAGAAAUCAGGGAUAAUAGAGAUCUAGUUAUAAUAGCAUAGAUUUUUUUUUUCUUUCUUCUUUUUUUUUUUUUCUCUUUCUCCUUAAAUAGAUGUAUAUUACAAAGUGUAAUAAUCUAAGAAUCUUGUCUUGUAAUGUAGGAUUUGUAAUCGUUUGAUACUAUAGACCAAAGUUUUUUUUUCUAAUUACCUGAAGAAAAUAUCGAUAUAUAGUAUAUAUAUAUAUAUAUCGAUAUCGAUAUAGUUUGGCAAAUAUUCAACGAUUACCUGUAUGUUUCUUUUUUUUUUUUUUUUGUUUUGUUUUCUUUGUCUACAACUGUGAUUUCAUCUGUUUUAUUUAUAACGAUGUGUAUAACGAAACAGAUCGUGCUUGGACGAACGAAAAUGUAUAACGAAAGAAUAAAGGAACGAAACACCUGAGAAGCAAGUGAAUAAAUUUAUUAUUUUGAUUAGUAUUUUAUAUGGGCUAUUAUGGGAAUUUGUUGUGUAACUUGGUUCAUGCACGAUCAAAAUUCGGUGCAAUAUUACAAGUAUUGUAUCUUAGAAGAUAUUAAUUACCAAAACUCAGAGGAAGCAUUAGUUAGAAUAAGAUCUUUUAAUUAAUUUUUAUCUUUUAGGGUUUUAAUAUUUUAAUUU